GGAGCCGCUCUGGCGCGGUUGCCUCACCGUGCCUGCUGCGAGCGCCGGCGGUCGCGGCUCGGCGGGGAAGAUGGCGGCGGAGGCGGCGGAUUCGUGGGACGCCGAUAGCUUCGAGGUGGUGGAGCCGGUGGCGAAGCGGCUGGUGCCGGGAGUGGCCGGAGACCGCUGGGCCGGCGAGGAUGAGGAGGACGACGUGAAGGAUAACUGGGAUGAUGAGGAGGAAGAGGAGGAAGUAAAGGAGACGGAGAUAAAACAAGAACCAAAAGUUUCAGAAAAAAAGAAAAUAGCAGAAAAAAUAAAAGAAAAAGAAAAGCUACAGAAGAAAAAGCAAGAGGAGCUUAAAAAAAGGUUAGAGGCACCAGAGGAACACAAAGAACUUACACCAGAAGAACAGUUAGCAGACAAACUACGACUAAAGAAGUUACAAGAGGAGUCAGACCUUGAGUUAGCAAAAGAAACAUUUGGUGUAAAUAACACUUGUGGAAUAGAUGCCAUGAAUCCCUCUUCAAAAGAUGACUUUACGGAAUUUGGCAAACUACUAAAAGAGAAAAUCACACAGUAUGAAAAAUCAUUACAUUAUGCCAGUUUUUUGGAAGCAUUAGUUCGAGACGUAUGUAUUUCAUUGGAAAUUGAUGAUUUGAAAAAGAUCACAAAUACUUUGACAGUACUAUGCAGUGAAAAACAAAAACAAGAAAAGCAGAAUAAAGCCAAAAAGAAGAAAAAAGGGGUUGUGCCUGGAGGUGGUUUAAAGGCUACUAUGAAAGAUGACCUGGCUGAUUAUGGAGGAUACGAUGGAGAAUAUGUACAAGACUUUGAAGACUUCAUGUGACACUUAUCUCCCCUUCUAUUGUCUUUCUGUUGCCCAUAAUCCCUUAAACAUGUAGCACAACUUUUCUUCCUUUCAAUUCUGCCAAAUGCUACAAUCAAAAUUGCAGUAUCUCUGUGCUGGUGGUUUAACUCUUGACGGGUCUGUGCUAAAGCACUGGGCUCCCUGUUCUGUGGUCAGGGGUUAGAAUGAAGACAUUUAAAAGCUAUGUAAAUUGCAGUUAAAAAAACCAAAAUUCUGAUAAUGGUAACUGUUGCUAUUUGAUUUUAUAGUAACAGCCACUAAAUUGGAAAGGAAUUUCAACAAGGCAAAGUAUUAUUACCAGCACAGUUCAGUGACAUGGCCUUAACUGUACCUCCUUGAAUGACUUGUUUGAUGAACAAAAGCAGUUUGCAGCAAGGGCAUGGUGUGCACUUAGUAUUACAAUUGCUUUGUCUUAAGUUAGAGCUUGAGGUUUUCAGUAUAUUGUGAUGGGGAACUGCUGACUUCAGAGUGAGGAUACUGUACCUGGGAAUGCAUCACUUGAGAUAGAUACCCACUACGUCAAUGCUUGACUUCUGAAUAGAACACUUGGUGGGUCAGAACAAGGACAGAGUUGCUUAUUUGAAAAAAAACAACUUGUGUCUUGAGUAUGAAGUUUAGUUUCCAUUCAUCUAAAUUUCUACUAAUGCAGCUGUAUGGGUUGGGUAUUCUUUAACAGUUAAUUGCCUGGUUUAAGUGUAAAAAACCAAGACUUUUGGGCUUUCAUGGGUUGUGGUAGACUUUUCACGACUCAGCCAUUUUCUUUCAUUUAAAAAAAAACCACUUGCUUAGCAAACUGCAACAGUUACUACAGUUGGGCAAAUUGUUAUGUUAACAAUUAUGACAUCUGCAAUGUUUUAUAAAGCAACUAAUUUAAUAAAAAUCACUAUUGAGGACUUCACUACAGCUGUCUGGGCCAGUUCUUUUAGUAUCUUUCUUACAACAAAAAUACUUGAAGUGGAAGAGCUGUAAAACGUGUGUUGGGCAUGUGCUACUAGGUCUUGUCUCUGCUCUGACUUGCAGCUUAAGCUUAACUGCUGUCAGAGGGGCAAAAUUUCAUUCUUGUAAAAUGGCUGUUUCUUGUGGUAAGACCCUUACAGAUGCUGAUGGUAAACAAAGUACUUUCAGGAUUGCCAUAAUCCAAGCAUUUCCAUGAGGAACUUAAUCUUUUCUGUUGUGGGAACUGCUGAGAUCAGCAGCUUGUCCUUACCUUAGGAAUAUUUUAGGGUGGCCCUUACUCCUGCAAGCAGUUACUUUGUUCCAACUAGCAGCUGCCAUUAUCACAAGCUGUCCUGCAUUUACCACUUGCUGUUUACUCAGGUGUUUGUUCCCAAUAUGGAUGGGAUGUGUGUGUGCUUCUACAAGGCAGGUGCUCUUCCAGAUCCUUCCUAUUGUUAGUGGUCCCAAAUUUUGCUUGCUAGCCAUUAUUUAACUUUUAGACUAAUCACAGCCAGCUCAGACUAAUUUGGUCUUGUGAGACUGACUAGAACUGGAAUUUUAAAUCAGGUUCUGCUCAGGCAUAAUCCUCCUUACAUAAAAUGUUUUAUUUAUCAAAGGUGCUGUGACUUGUACUGUGUAUACCUGUGUACAUCUUUUAGUGCUGCCAUUGCAGAUUUGAGAUAAAUACUGUGCAAGUAAAUAUUUGUCAUAUGCAGCAGUUGCUAGCAUGAAAACAUUCAGCAAGGACAUUGUUAGCAUCUCUUUGCUAAUUAACUGGGUUGCUAUGGCAAUUGUAUUUUUGCUAGGAUAAUGUUUAGAAAUAGUACGAUAUCAUUGCUUAAUUUUACUUAAAAGCUGUCUGCCCUCCCCACC